AUGAGUUUAAUUGUUGAUGCAUUUGUCAUGUCAUUGGUUAUGGAACAUCGACGUAAAACUACUAUUCAAUCAACACCAUUAUUAGCAUUUACACUUGAACAAAUUCUUGAAAGAAGUCCUGCACCAUUUCUUAUUGCAAAAUGUUCUGAAUGUGCAGUUCGAAAAGAACUUGUUGUUUGUCCUGAAUGUGAACAAGUAAUUUGUUUCGAAUGUAUUUCUCAACAUCAAUUAGUUGUAAAUAAUCGUGUUCAACAAAAUUGGAUGACAUGUAAAGAUAUAUGGAAUACAAUUUAUGAAAAAUCGAUGUUAUUCGAUGAACAACAAUAUGAUCUUAAAUCUUAUACCGAUGAAUUAAAAUCUCGUAUUGAAAAGCGUUCAAAUUUUCUAUUUGAAACAAUUGACAAGUGGCGAAACAUCUAUGAAAAUAAAAUCAAUCAAUAUUCGGAGAUAUGCAAUAUUAUUCGCCGAGAAAUAACAACACAAUAUCAAUCAAUUGAUCAACAUAUUCAGAUAUUUCUUAAUUCUAAAGAUCCCGAUCCAAUCAAAGCUGAACAUUUUCUUCAAGAAAUUAAAGAUUUUAAAAUAAAAUUAUGUCGACAAAUAAAACAAAUUGAUGAAUAUUCACAUAAAUUUCCGACGUAUUCAAUAUCAAAUUUUGAUUCAUCUAUACUUAGUACCAUAUCUAUGCAAACAUCUGUGGAACAUCUUAAAACUAUCAUUGAUGAUGAUAAUAAUGAAUAUCAUAUUGAAAUAGAAAAUGAUACGAAUAAUAAUGAAAGUACAAAUUCAGACUCAGAUGAAAGUCAAGAAACAAUACAUGAAAAUAGUAAUAAUCAAGAAGUCAAAGAAUGCAAUAGUGAAUCUCCAUUGACGACAUUAGAAAAUAUUCCAAAUAAAAAACUUCUUUGGUCUUUACAUUUUAAAUUUGUACCACAAUAUAUUGCACUUUAUCGACAAUCGAUUUUAUUUGCAUCAGAUCGUUGGGGAUUUGUUAGUACAUGGACUUAUACAAAUGCACGUACAAAGCCAACACCGAAAAAAACAUUUGUUCUUUUUCCACAAUUUCGAGUUGGCACUUGGUCUCGUGUCUAUGUCGAAUCGUUUAGUGUUUAUAAGCCAUAUAUAUGUGUUUUUGUUAAAGGAUCUGAUGAGUCACUUGCAAAUUUUAUUGCAUUUUUUACUCAUAGUGGGCAAUUACAAAUGAAAGUUGAAUAUGAUCAUCGAUAUACACUUCGUCAAUUAAUUUGUGAUGAAAGUUCAAAAGGAAAUUGCAUAUGGGCUGUCGAUCGAGGCAUGCAUUGCAUUUAUAAACAUGACUUACCACGAAUCAAUAAAGAAAUUAAACCAUUUUUAUCAACACAUAAAAUAGCAACACGUUUAAAUGAUCGAAGUUGUGAUGUUAUUCGUAUGGCUAUUAAUCAAAAUAUUCUCGCUUUACUUGAUUCACGAACACAAAUAGUAACACUUUAUGAUAAAAAUACUCAGAAAGAAGUUGGUAUUUAUUCAGCUGAAUUUUUACCUACCGGUGAAAAUAAAUUAUGGCGUGUAGAAAUAUUUCCUGAUAACAGUCUUCUUUUACGUUUCGAUGAUGAUGAACGUACUGGUGAUCGGUCACAAGUUAUUCAUCAUAUUGUUGUACAUGUUAAAAAAAAUGAAGUAAAUAAAAAAUAUGAAGCUAUAUCACAAAUUCAAGCAACUAACGUUUAUGGUUUUGCAAUUGGUUCUGAUGCAGAAGUUAUUGUUGGUUUAAGAAAAUCAAAUUGUUUCGAAGGUCUCAUUAAUUGUUAUGUUUGA